AUGCCGCCCAAAACUCCCCCAAAUAUUUACGAUUCUUUUAGGGCUGAGUUUGAAACGACAACCAUGAAAACGGCAACUAUGGACGACUAUAGCCCAGAACAGCCAUGCAACUUGACCCUCGCCGUUCCUCCGUUGCCGUCGCCAAAAGACACCACUUCGUCACCUCUGUUGCCGCCCACAAUCGUUGAUGGCGCACCAUCGACGCCGCCCACAACCGUUGAUCGUGCACCUCCUACCUCUCCGGACCGAAUGAAAAGUGGUAUUGGACCUGAGGAGACUAUGAAAGAGUUGUCCAAAGAUUACUCUCUUUCUCUUGGAAUGGAAUUUGAAUCAGAGGAGGAUGCAUAUGAGUUUUACAAUGAUCAUGCAAGAAUUAUGGGUUUUGGCAUUAGAAGAUGUUAUUGCACAAACAGCAAAAAAGAUGGUAUAAUGAUUAAUCGGAAGUUUGUUUGUAGUAAGGAAGGCGAGAGAGAGACGGAUAAUCGGUCCCUAGUGGUAGAACAACCUCGAAGGGAGACAAGAACUAAAUGCAUUGCAUUCAUGUACAUAGCGUUUAACCGACAGAAAUCAAAAUGGUCCAUGACGAAGUUUGAAGAAAAUCACAAUCAUGUUUUCCAUGAUCCUAAAACUUCUUUUUUGUUGCGCUCUCAAAGAAGGAUACGUGAGGCACAAGCUCUAAAUAUCGAGUUAGCCGUUGACAGCAGUUUAUCGGUUAAGGCAUCACAUGAUCUUAUUAGUGCCCAAUCUGGGGGGAGGGAAAACGUAGGCUUCACACUAGACGACCAUAGAAGUUACUUGCGUGCAAGAAGACAGAGGAGCUUACAAUAUGGUGAAGCUGGGGCUUUGUUAGGAUACUUUCAAACUCGAGUGGCUGAAAAUCCUUACUUUUUCUAUGACAUUCAAUUGGAUAUUGAGGAAAAGAUUACUAAUAUUUUUUGGGCUGACCAUGAGAUGAUCACAGAUUAUGGACUUUUCGGAGAUGCUAUGUCUUUUGACACAACAUUCCAAACAAAUAAAGAGUUCCUUCUUGCGUGCAAUGGGGGAAAAAAGCCCGUGUUCAUAUUCACAGACCAAGAUGCCGCAAUGGCCAAGGCAAUUUCAAUUGUCAUGCCUGACGUUACUCAUGGAUUGUGCACUUUUCACCUCAAUCAAAAUGCUUUGAAGCAUUUAGGCCAUUUGUUCAAGGCUGAUUCAGACUUUGGGAAAGAGCUCAAUACUUGCAUUUUUGGGUACGAGGAUGAACGAGAGUUAGAAGAAGGUUGGGAAACUUUGAUAAAAAAAUACCAACUUGCAAGAUAA